UGUGGCUCAGAGACUCUGAGCUGUAGCCAGUAUGAUGGAUGACAACACCGAAUUAAGGACGGAUGGAAACUCACUUUUAAAGGCCGUGUGGCUGGGGAGGCUCAGGCUGACCAGACUCCUCCUGGAAGGGGGUGCUUAUAUCAACGAAAGCAACGACAAAGGCGAAACGGCUCUCAUGGUGGCAUGUAUCACCAAACAUGUGGACCAGCAGAGCAUCAGCAAGUCCAAGAUGGUGAAGUAUCUGCUGGACAACAGGGCAGACCCCAAUAUUCAGGAUAAGUCGGGCAAGACCGCCCUCAUCCAUGCUUGCAUCAGAAGAGCUGGGGGAGAAGUGGUCUCCUUGCUACUGGAGAAUGGAGCAGACCCCAGCCUCGAGGAUCGCACAGGGGCUUCAGCUCUGGUUUACGCAAUAAAUGCAGAUGACCAGGAUGCAUUGAAACAUCUCCUGGAUGCCUGCAAAGCCAAAGGCAAGGAGGUGAUUAUUAUAACAACGGAUAAAUCGUCUUCGGGCACCAAAACCACCAAACAGUAUCUUAAUGUCCCUCCUUCACCCAAAGAGGAAGACAGACAGUCACCUCCACUGUGUGCAUCUCCCUCGGGUAUUGAACUGAAGGCUCCAGGCCUGGGCUCUCCACCCAGUGAGAAGGAAGAUGACUUCUUUAGCCUCCAGUCAGGGCAUCCAGGUGGUUGCAACACCUCCAAGGCUCCUAAUGAUCCUGGGUCACUCACUAGGAAGGUCGGGAACCUCAAAAGGGCCCGUUUGCCUCAACUGAAGAGGCUCCAAUCUGAGCCCUGGGGCCUGACUGCGCCCUCCGUGUUGGCCGCCUCUAUGCGCCAGGAUGAGAGCCAUGGCGCAGGUGCAGACAGCGAGGUCAUCAAGAGCAUCAGUGACAUGUCCUUCCCCAAAAGGGGCCCCCUUUCCAGAACCAACAGUACUGAUGGCAAAGACCCCAGCCUCUUCCUCACGGUCACGGAGCAGGUUCUGAAGAUUCCAGCCUCUUCGGCACCAGCCUCGUGGAAGGCAGCCUACGAGAAAAGUCAGCCUCCCCACCCACGUCUGGCCAGAAGAGGAACUCUCCCUAUUGACCAAGAGAAGGGUGGCAUUGGCCCGUCAGGCCCCUCUGCUCUCAAAGAUGCAGCGUCCCUCAAACGGCUGGAAAAUGACCUCUAUGAUUUAGAUUUACAGCCGGGGGCCGAUCCGCCCAACUCCAUCUCCCUUGAAUCAGGCAAAGGACCCUUAGAUUGGAAGAAGCUCAACAACUCCCACUUGUCUCAUUUCCAGGGCUCCAGGGAGGCCCUGGAUGCUGCGUCCUGCACAUCUCCCAGCUCAGCGCGCCACAGGCCACCCCAUCUUCUAGAAAGACGGGGUUCCGGAACUCUGCUACUAGACCGAAUUUCCCAGACCAGGCCUGGCUUCCUUCCGCCUUUAAAUGUAAAUCUGAACCCACCUAUCCCGGAUAUUAGAUCGAGCAGCAAACCUUCCUCUCCACUUGCUAGUGGCUUAAAAUCCAUGGUACCUGUUGCUCCAAGUUCACCAAAGAGAGUUGACUUGAGAAGUAAAAGGAAGCUCCUCAGAAGGCACUCUAUGCAAGUUGAACAGAUGAAGCAGCUGUCUGACUUUGAAGAAAUCAUGACCUAGAAGCUUUUUCAGUGAGGUUGUUUUUUUUUUUUUAAAUCUACGUAGUUUAUGAAUACCAUAAUCUAGACCAACACGGUCAUGCAGAGUCUCUGCAUCUUGAUCACUCCUUACUGUGGGUGUGUGGCUGCUUCAGGAGAGAUGGAAACGGUGCUGCUUCCCUUCUGAAAGAACAUCUGGGUUUUUAUAGGCCUACUUGAAAAGAGCCCAGUAUAAUUGGGUUUUGGAGAUGAAAAAAUCUCCAAAGGAAGAAAACCUUUGGAGUUUGAAAGUCACACCGCAGGUACAAUGAUCUAAGCGGCUGACACCCAUUAUUUUCUAUCAGACAAACAAUUUAAAUCACAAGAUGGUAUCUGGAGGACGUCAUGUGUAAUAAAUCUAUAAAGUGCCUAUAAAGAAAACGAGGCUUUUUCGAACGUGCAAAAGCUCAAAACCAAUCUUUGGGCUGUUAAAUAUGGGUAUCUGUGUCACAUCUGGAGGAACAGAAGUAGAAUUCUCCCAUCAGAGAGGUUCUGGUAUUCGGGUCCUGCCUCUUACCAUGUCAUGGGGCACUGGCUAGUGUAGCAUAGUUGAGAUCUUUCAGAACUCCGGUAACAGGCUUUAUCCACGUACUAAUUCGGGUGUGCUUUGAGUCCCCAAAUAUUAGAUCUACGUGUCCCCCAAAUUCUGUUGUGUCACAGUAGCUGGUGCCUCAGAGACGAAUCUUGCCCAGAAACGAAACUGGCCUUGGCCUCCUGCCCUGACACAGGUUCUGUGUUGAAAUCUUGUGAAAAACAGUCAGGGGCUAUUGGCUAAUUUGGAGUUUUGUACAUACAACUCAUAGAAUAGACCCAUAAGAAGCGUUUCCUGAUUAUUCUUUAAAAAAAAAAAACUUGGUAAGAUCUCUCCAAACUAGAAUGAUACAUGGUGAUGGGAGAUGCACAUAUUACAAGGUAGAGUAGAUGGUUCUCAGGCCAGCGGCACUGGGGACCACUUGUAGCCUGAAAAUUUUAAGGGAUGCAAACUGUCACUUCCCCUUCACUUUUCUGGGAAAUUCAAGAACAUCUGGUUUCUUCUUUGCCUGAAUUAUCUAUGUGAUGAGAGAUUUGUAGAAAUAACCUGUACAACCUUUUCAAGCCACUUUGUACGAACCCAAGAACGGAAGCAGACAUUUAGCACGUUUGGUAUAAUGUAGCCACAUUCUAGAUGAAGAUAUUUCUGGUUAUUUUCCCAUUUACUGUUUUCUUUCAUGCUGCUUAGAUAUGUUUGCUCUAUGGUUAAAAAAAUUCAGUAGUCCUUGGGGAUAGCAUCACAUAGAGGAAAGAGGAGAGACUUUGAGAUUUGGGUUUGUAUCUCUAUUUCAUCAUUUACCAGCUGCGUGACCUUGAGGAAGUGGCUUAACUUCUCCAAGCCUCCACUCCCUCAUCUGUAAAAUGGGGUUAGUAAUGCUUCACCUUACAAGUGUGUGGUGAGAAUUAAAUGAGAUAAUGUAUGAAAGUGCCUGUAACUGUGCCUGGCACAGGUAGAAGUAAUUGGAAAUGAGGCAGCUGAUUUUCAUGCUCCUUUAGACCUCCGCAGCCUCAAAAUCUCAAAUAAUACCUAAUACCCUACACAAAGUGAAGCAAAGUCUAGCUGCAAUAUUCAAAGGGCCCCUUGAGAUUCUCAGGGGUUCUGUCAAUACUGAGCCUUAAACUCACUUGUAGAGUAAAAGAAAUUCUGCCACAGAAGCUCUGCACAUCAGACCAUUUCUAUAAUGACAUUUGCUAGAAAGGUAUCUGUAUAUCCCAAUCAAAAGUGCUAAUGAUGGUUAUAAAUACACCGAGUGUUUGUUCUUUAGUAAUUCCUUUAGGGAAGGCACGUGCUCAGCCUCGGCACUAUGGGUCUUUCGGGCUGGAUAAUUCUUUCCUGUGGGAGACUGUCCUGUACGUUGUAAGUUGUUUAGCAGCAUUCCUGGUCUCUACCCAUUAGAUAUCAGUAGCAUCCUCAUCCUAAAUUGUGACAACCAAAAACGCUUUCAGACGUGGCCAGACAUCUCCUGGAGGUGAUAUCACCUUAGCUGAUCACCACUGCUCUAGGAGAACGAUUGUGUACACGGUAGAAAUAUGCCAAGAGCAACCAAACUGCAUGAAGGUGUAGGUCUGGCUGGCUGGCUAGGCUGUUCCACUAACUUCAGGGCAAUUCAAACUGUAACUUAGUAAGAUGACUCAUAUACAACGUGGGCCUUCAGGAUUCUCGACCUCAGUGCUAAUGGCCUCUUGUACUUGGCAGGAAGGGAAGAAAAUGAGAAGAAUAGCACAUAAGCUAGUGAAACUCUAGGGCUCAUGACCUCGGUUGAGUGUCCCAACCCAUACGCUCUUCAGGACCAUUUAGAUGGUAAUAGUUCUCACCAACUGGCCACGAUUACAGGCAAAGCAACAAUUCUGAUGUAUUAAAGAGAGAACCAGACAGACAACCACUGUUCUCAGCAGCUCAUUAAAGGAACGCACACACACUACACAUUUUAAGUACUUUUCCAAUGGUCGUCAGUGUCAGUUAAAACUAACGUCUGCCAGUAUUGAUAGUAUCUAACUGGGGCGAUAGCAAGACACUGCAUAAGGGAAUUUUUCUAAACCUUUAGCUAAGAUUUGAAAGCCUAAUUUAUCCUAAGUAGUGAAUGUGGUAUAUUCAUAGCAAUUAGCUUAGGUGAAACACUAAACAUGAUGAGUUGCCCGUUUGGAAUAGCCUGUCCAUCCGUCACACAGAUGCGUAACAGCAGGUACGCUCAUGCCACUUACUGCCUGCAUCCAUCAGUUGUGACCUUUCCAUUGGCCUUUCUGUAGACGGUCAUCAGGAUAGUACCUUGUUUCAUCACUAUCUGACGAUGCAUUAGUUGAACUAGACUGUUCCAAACUAGUACAACCACUGCAAUACUUAAUCACGGUUAAUGCAUACAUGGGCAAUUUUCUUCGUGUUAACAAACCUCAGAGAAAUGCUUUUUAAAAGCAUAUUUGGAUUGAAUCACGCUUCCUAGAUCAGAGAUUUGGGGGAGCCUAGGGUCACUACAGAAGAUAGCCACAAACUAGUUUCAAUAACCCAUCUACUUAAGACUCUCUGGAAUGUUUAUCAAAAUAUAUUAUAGAAUGUGAGUCUAAAGUUUCAAAUCUGGAAUUUGGGUUCAAUUUCUAGACAUUCUAAAGCCUUUGUCUGCUUGCUUAAGUCCAUCGUCGAGCCUCUUAGAAUUUCAUCAAGUAAACGCAGGUUUUGUCUGACCUUCCUCCUUUGUGUGUGUUGGUACUUCAGAUGUAUCGUGUGUUGCUUGAACUGGUUCUCUACCGUGUUCUAUCCUAGUCUCGAGCUGACGAUGUGCUCAAGGAUGUAUCAAAAUCCAUGUAAUGGAACUAUUUAGAUAUUUCUAAUAUGUCAAUAAAAGAUAUAUUACAAUCCUUCAAUAGUAAGUAUUUCCCAUUUUUCUUAGUGAAAUCUCAAUUAUACAUAUUACCUUUUCCUUAAGAUGGGUUUGGCAUGACUGCCUGGUAACAUCGACCUGAGCAAACACCUACUAUUUUAUGUACACGUGAUUUAGAAAAUGAAUUUUUAACUACACAGGUAUUAUAGUUUCUUUUCUGGUUUAAAAAAAAAAGCUAAGAAUGAGAAGGUGCAUUGCCGCAAUGGGGGUGAAUUCUUUUCCUCUGGCCCUUCUGCUCAGUUCCCCCCAGGGUUGCACCUGCCAUCUGCUACUGGUAAGGUCCCUGGAUAUCCCUCCUUGGGCCCUAUUUCUAAUGUCGAUGAAUGUUAAUAUAAGCUGAUUUCUCUUAGCUCUUACUCCAGGGCAGGCUGGUAAGUAUCAAAUAAACCAGGUGGAUGGUCUCUCUUCUCUCUUAAACUCUAGAAUUCUGUGAUUCAGACUUCAUCCAGACUUCCUGAUUCCCUGGAAAGUUCCAAACCUUACCCCUAGGUUCCUUCCUAGACGGUUGAAAUAAAUUAUAUUGUUUUGUGCCCGUCUCAGCCUGUUGAUAACCAAUGUUAUGGCUGGACCAGCCCUUGUGGUUCUUAUUGUGGUUGCAAGAAGCCCUCAGCAAUAAUCAUCAGGAAACUUUGAAAAAAAAAGGUUUGUUGCUUACAGGUCCUGAAAAUUAUGUGGCACACCUGGGGUCACACAGUGAGGCUGUGGGUAGACAGAGGGCCCAGGCCUGGGGUUCUGCUUUUAUUGGGGUCCAAGCUGAGGACCUAGGGUUUCAUGGGUUCACUCUUUAUGAGUGAAUUUAAAACAUAAGAGAAGGAAUUUAAAGUGUGAGAAGAGAAAAAACAAGGGGCCCAAAUGCUCAGUCACUGAAAUCAACCAAGAUCUCUAAAACAAAGCUGGGGAGUGGGUGGGGGCAUGACCUGGCUCUUUAUUUAGUCCUUUGUGGCUGGCAAUGUGUAUUUAUCGAGAUAGGCAUCUCUGAGGUGGAGGCCGCCUUUGAAGUGGAUGCCUCAGACAUCAAAAUUAAGUCAGGCACUUGCAUGGCAAAAAGAAAAGCCAGCUCUCAGGCUUACACUACAGUUAGCAAGGGGGAGAAAAGGGAAGCAACCUAAGUGUCCAUCAACAGACGAAUGGAUAAAGAAGAUGUGGUAUUUAUACACAUACAAUAGAAUAUCACUCAGCCAUAAAAAUAAAUGAAAUAGUGCCAUUUGCAGAGACCUGGAUGGACCUAGAGACUGUCAUACAGGGUGAAGUAAGUCAGAAAGAGAAAAACAAAUAUCGUAUAAUAUCGCUUAUAUUUGGAAUCUAGAAAAAUGGUACAGAUGAACUUAUCUGCAAAAGUGAAAUAGAGACACAGAUGUAGAGAACAAACUUAUGCCUACCAAGGGGGGAAGCGGGGGUGGGAUGAAUUGGGAGAUUGGGAUCGACAUAUAUACACUACUCUGUAUAAAAUAGAUAACUAAUGAGAACCUACUGUAUAGAAAAAGGGAACUCUACUCAAUACUCUGGUGACCUAAAUGGGAAGGAAAUCCAAAAAACAGGGGAUAUAUGUAUAUGUAUAGCUGAUUCACUUUGCUGUACAGCAGAAACUAACACAACAUUGUACACAACUAUACUCCAUUAAAAAUUUUUUAAAAAGCGGGGGAGGGGAAAGGACUAGUUUGAGCAUGUCUUUUCCUCACUUCUUUCUGCAGGAAAGGGAGGUCAAUGUUGUUUCCAGCUCCUCUGAGGAGAGAUUAGGAGGGACCCCCUGGGAGGAGAAGAAAGUGCUGGGGGAGGUGGAGGUGUGAUGAGGGACAAGGCCCCCCCCCCC